GGAAUAGCCGGAAUAUUGCGUUACGGGCGUUGUGACAGUACGCGACAAGCGCCAACGCCACGUCGCGACGCGUCCGCUCGAUGCACUUUCCACACUUCUUACACCGGCUCUACACCUCGCCUUCAUGCCCGAGCUAGAUAUCCUGCACGGCUUCGAGUAUAUUACGAAGCGGCUACAACGCCAGUGGACACAGAAACAUAAAGCACCUUUCAAAGCCUCAUUGCAAAUUUUUCCUCGAGUCUUUGCUCUUGGAACACGCGGCGCUAAUGGGCGGAAGGAUGGGGGAACAAAGGGAAAGGAUUACCAGAGCUGCACAGUGGAGACUUCGUCUUCCCUGUUCGAUUACGUCGACAAUCUCGAGCCAUGUCCGGAGAACUACCAGGCAAACUCUCAUGAUGUAGCCAGAUCGAAAAACGAGGAAUACGCCCGCUACGUCAAGCCAUUGCAACCCGGGGAGCUCUUUGUCAAGACGAGAGGGAAAGAGAUCAUCUUUGCAGCUGGAUAUCACGCUGUUCGCGUACAUUUCGGACUCGAAGGCACUAUCGUCAUAGUUCCCACCUCCGCAUAUCAUGAACUCAUCUCGAAGGACGCCCCUGGAAACAGCACAACAAAACACCGAGCCAACAAGAUGCGCAGCUUCGUUGUCCCUCCGGAGCUCACCACGCCGGGCGCACGCAAACUCUCCAAGGGUUCAAUGCAAACGGCCGCAGUAUUCGCGGCCGUAGUGGGCCAAGAAGACACCAUUCUCAUCACCGAUCAUAACCGCCUCACACGUCUUCACAUGAUGAGUCGGUCAAGCCAUUGGACCGCUGAUGAUUUGGACAAGGUGUCUGUGUACUGGCCUUUCUUAUGGAGUCAUAACCACGGUCCUGACUGGAUCUACGAGACGGACGACGCGUUGAAGAAUCUCGAUCAAUGGCGGGAAAUUGUGCUUCAGACUCUGUCGGCAGCCCCGCACCAAGAGCCAGCAGGCUGCGACGGCACAGACAAGCAGCAGCAGGGCGAGCCAGGUCCGGACGAGGAAGGUGAUGCCUCACUGGACUCGAACAGCGAUGAAGAUGAGCAUGAAGGCGCACUGGGCGACCUGGCACUCCUAGUCAAGACAAUACGCUCGACACGCUCGAUCCUACAAGCGUUACUUCACACUCAGCAGGUUUACAACGGCUAUGGAGCCCACACUGCAAUGGAUCUACUCCACCGUCUGGGGAUCUGGCCUGGGAUGCCUCUGUUCGAGUUCUGCUCCAACGACGAGCUAUACAGCCUCUUGAGGGACAUCCUGCCCGUCGAUGCAUCUCAGUACGUCUCGCCCACCUAUCGAACUCGCUGUCUUUCGCUGCCCAACCGCGAAGCCGCAUUUGCUUUCAACUACAAGAGCGACAUCAAUUUCGUCAACCAAUUUCUCAAGGUAUAUCGCAAGUGCUCUGUUAAGAUGUCCAGAGAACAGUACAAUAUGUAUGUCAAGAACGGCCUCUUCAAUCCAUCGCAUACCAUUGGCGCACCUUACGCAUACACGGAUGCCGAACUCUUAUCGGAUGAUGAAGUGGAGUACAAGAUGAUGCCGGUCUUCAGGUAUGAGGACGGCGACGUCAUGUACUCUGCCAUUCAAGCUCGGCGCCCCUCACAUUGGCGAGGAGCGGCAAGUAUCCCGGGAGUACCUGACGAUGUACGCGCCGCUGGUUUCAAAACGACCAUAGGGCCUGCAUCGUUCAACGUCUUCAAGAACAAUCAGUAUGACUGGAAGUUGGUUGAGGUAAAGCCAGGACGGAAGGCAGUGGAACGUACAGGGAAGAGGGGCAGACCGGCUCGCAAAACCCCACAUGCGCAGUCGCUGGAACGCCUAGCCAACCGCGGCCCAAAGGCCAAGGAGGCCGUGGCCUCUGUUCUGCGGAAGACGUUCGGUCUCGAGCCCGGCACUGAUGAUGAUGGGUCGGGCGCGGAUGGGUACGGUGAUAGCGACAAAGAGGACGGGAAUGACACGUCUGUACACCAAGCGGCAUAUCCUUCUGCGGCGAACAAUAUCUGCCAAGGUCAACCGCUAACCAAGAGGCGAAGAGUGAGCAAAGCCUACGUGCAACCCACCGACCGUGUCACGCGGCAGUCAUCAGGAGUAGCGGCCGUCCCCGGCGUUCAGUAG